UAAGAGAUGGUUCCAUCCUGUUCCUAGCCCGGAAUGCUAAAGUAGCUGAAAAGUUCUUACAAACGAAACAUCUUUCCAAUUUGUGUAUAAUCACUGUCACAUUACACGAAAACCUCAACACAGUAAAAGGAGUUGUAUACGCACCCUGCCUGAUUAACUUCAACGGUAACGAAAUCGUUGAAGAACUAAAAAGUCAAGGCGUAGCUAAAAUUUACAAAUUCAUUCGUACACAAGACGGAAAAACAGUACCAACUGGAAAAAUUGUAAUUACAUUUGAUCUUUACCAAUUGCCAAAAACUUUGGACGUAGCAUGGUAUAAAGUACGGGUAGAUCCCUACUUUCCCAACCCCAUGAUAUGCCGAAAUUGUCAACACCUAGUGCACACAAAAAAUCGUUGCUCGAAACCCACUACCUGCGAAGGUUGUAGCUUACCCCCACACUCGCCAGACACAUCCACUCGUAACCAAUGCGCCAACUGCGUCAAUGAACACUCCUCGGACACAAACUGUCCGCGAUUCAACCAAAUGAAAGAAGUACUGCAAAUAAAAACUAUUUACAAAUGCUCGAUAGGCGAAGCCUACAAAAAAUAUAACGAAAAGAACACGCUAACACAUAGCACAAAGUCCUAUGCAUCUAAAGCUAAAAUAUCUCCUCACCUUAAUCACUCAACAGCACCAGCAAGCAAACCAUCAGCUUCAUCAACAGCUCCACCCAGUCACCACUUUCUAAUCUUACCAAAGAACUCAUUAACCACAACGAAUACUAUAUCCCGAGAUCAGAAACAAAAUCACCGUCCGACGAAACUUAACUCUAAGGCUUAACCUAGUAAAUUCAAAUUUACAAGGCUACAAGCUCUCUCCAUACAAAUGAUCAACAGAUUCAAUACUUUGCAAUGGUACAUAAAAGGUUUCGUUAACAAUAAUAUUGAUCUCGAAUUAAUCCGCAAGGAACACAACCCACAUUUGAUUGCCCUACAAGAAACACACUGUCCUAUUGGCUUCAACCCUAUUGCUCCAAAGAACUACACAGCAUACUACAACAAUAACUCACACACAUACGCUAAUCAAGGAGUCGGAAUCUUGAUUAAAUCGAACAUACCACACAAGCACACUCCAAUUGCUUCUCCAAAAUAUAAAUAUUUUUCGGUACAGUACAGUCUCGAAUUUACU